ACGUGCGGGAUGGUGGAAAGAAUCACAAGAGGAUACUGAGUGAGUCAACAUGAGAUUGCGUCAAGAGCAGAAUUCUAAAGCAUCAUGCGGUUGUAGUCAUGGGUAGAGAGCGAUUAUCUUUUCCUUUCAUCUUGGUGCUCAGUCUUGGUGCUUUCUUAUUAUUGCAGCAUUUCGCUUAUAGUAAAGAAUUCCGUCGAAAAGUGACUUGCUACAAUGAUAUCUUCCAUCUGGAUUGUGGAAAUGAUAGCUUCGUAGCAGUCCAUGAAGCAUAUUUCACAGCCGAACUUCAAACAAACCAAACCUGCCUCCCUCCACCCAGAGAGCACGAUGAGUAUAUCGAAGAUGAGGAUGUGGACACGGAACCAACUAACAACUCCUCUUGUUACGAAGAUAUAAGAGUUCUACUUAACAGAAAGUGCUCUGGCUUAAAGAACUGUAACUAUAGCUACUCGGAUGAGACCGAAAAGAAAUGUUCGAAUCCAGAAGGAUCGUACGUAGUCCGCUACGACUGCGUUAAAGGCUCCACCGUGAAAAAAUUUUGCAAUACAAAGCUACAUGAAAGGGAAGGCUAUAUCAUCUCCCCUGGUUACCCCCAGUACUAUCCUGAGUUGGAUGUGUGUUUCUGGAACUUAACGGCCGCGGAAGGUCAGACAAUACUUUUGAAAAUUCUUCAUCUCCAUUUAAGUCCAGCAACGGAAAUACGUCCCACGGAAUCGGACAUAGAGUUGUACGGAGUCCUUGGCCAGCUCAUCGCAGAGCCGAUCAUAAGAUGUGACGAUGAUUCAUUGACAGUAUUAGAAGGAAACGUGAAGCGGUUAUCUCUCUGUGGUGAAGCUAUUGAAGCGUUGCAAACCCUUGAAGCAGAUGCCAGUAAUGGCCUUACCCUGAGUUUCAAGUCUGUGGCUUUCCGGCCUGCGAGCGGAUUUCUGGUGUACUUUAAAAUUCAGGGUUGUCCAGAUCUUCACAGUACAGAGGGAAGUUAUCUCCUGGAACGUAACGGUAGUGCAGCUAUUUAUGCUUGCAGCGGUAACCAAGUUUUCAACGAUACACAGGAAAACACCCGCUUUCUAAGUUGUGUUAGAGAUCACCACUGGAAUGAUACUCUGGCGCCAUGCACAACUUUAGAAGAAACAACUACCACAACUUUGGCUCCAAAUAAAAGUCAGGAAGUGGCAUUUGAAUAUGUUAACGCCACCUCUACCAAAAAGCCCAUAAUGCCAUCUGGACCAGCAUAUUUAGAAGAUAUUAUAAUACCCUCAAUAUUGAUCGGUGUCCUUAUCAUAGGAAAUGCUAUAAUAAUUGUUAUCAUCCUUAUGUUGAGAAGCAGGCAGAAAGAUGAAGAUGAGGAAGUUGAACAACUGAGUCAAGCAAAUCCCAGCCCCUAGUUCCCCAAGCUAUACAGGGUGUUUAGAGCUUCUCUUAUAGCCAUAGAGUGUUGCCAAGUCAUGUAUAUUAAAAUCUUCUGCGAUAUCUUACAAAUUUAAACUUCAUAUAUAAAAUGUUUUACACGUUAGAUCGCUGAUAUGACAUAAGAAAAAGAAAGUAUGGUGUCUCAGUCAAAACCUUUUGAGUGUUUUAGACUUUUAUGUGUAGUCCAAAAAAAAGGUUUUUGAAUGUCACAAUAUAUGUUUUUGUGAUACUACAAUUAUAUUUCAUGUUGAUAAAUCCUGGGCAUUCAGAAACAUAUAUUUCUAUACCAAAUAUUUUCACUGUGCCAUUGAACCAAAGGUUGUUUCAGGCUUGGCAAAAAAAAAAAAAAAAAAAAAAAAAAAAAAAUAGUCUUUUAGUGUGUUCCUACAGGAGAUGCAUAUUUUCGUUUUAUCAUUCAGCAAAGUUUUGCAUAUCUUUUCGAAUAUUGUUUGUCAUUGUAUAUUUCAUCAUUUCAUAUACAUUUAGAAGGGGGCCCAAGAUCAUCAUUUAAUAUUUGCAUUAAAAUAUUUUUCUGAAUUGAACCUUAUUUUGCUCUUCCUGUGGCAACAAAAAUUAACGUAUAGAAUACAUUAAUUUUGUUGCCACUAAAAAUUAAGGUAUAGAAAAAUCUGUAUUCCCUAAAAAAUCUUUAAUAGUUAUCUAAAUGUAUUAUUGUUACAAAGAAAGUCAUUAAAAAAGCUCCUUAUUCUUCUACAUGUGAAUGAUUAUAAAAAUAAUGUAUAAAAUGAUAGUCAUGUAUAAUAAGUAGUAGAAAGUGUUGAAUUCUGGGAGAAGACACACACUAGGAUUAUUUAUUACAUUUGAAAUACUUAUGGAGAAUUUUAAAAAUUUUUGUUGUACUGUAAGAAUUUUAGAUGCACUUUUUAACAGGAAAAGUUAAACAAGUGAAAUCUAUAUUCCAGAUGGGACUUUUGAAACCACCUUAAUGUUCAAUUUCAGUUAUGUUUUAAAAUCUACAUGACUUGAAAAUGAUCACAUUUAUUAUAUACUGUAUACCUAAAAGCAAAAUAAUUUUUCCAAUAUUUGCAAAUUCCACAGAAAUAAUUUUAAAAUUAUGAAAAAUGUUUUUCUUGUUAAAGAGUACUUUGGAUACUUAAAUUUCUAACACAGCAAGGAUUUUUAAACUAAAUUUUAAAAUUGGAAAUUUUAAAAAAAUUUUAAAAAUCUUCCUACAGCUUAAAAUGGAAUAAAUAUGAAAUCUUAUUGUUCAACAUUUAAAACUGUACUGUUUAGAUAUUCCUUUGAAUAAUAAAAAUUUCUUGAAAAAAAUAUUCAAAAUAUACUGACACGUAGUAAGAGUUUUGACUACAAUAACAGUGGCAAAAUGUUCCAAAACACGGUGCAUCUAAUGCUUCUUUUAUUACAUAUACUUAAGAAAUGAAAUAGAUUUUGUAUAACAACUUUGCUCUUGUUAAAGACAGAGUGCUAUUUGUGUGAAGAUUGAGCUAUUAUAAAUCCAUUUGUUUUGGAAUGUAAACAUCACCAGACAAAGUCUAAUGAAGAAGAUUUGUUAAUGAAGUCUAA